CCGCUUACCUUUGGUUCGUCCACCUUCUUCUUCUCCACUGGGAGAGAGAAAUUAAAAUAAAAUAAAAAUGGCAGCUUUGACAACGCUUACGCCAUGCCAAGCCACCACCUUGCAUUAUAAUAAUAGAAUUUCCCAUCAUUAUACUCAAAACCAAGAUGUUUAUAUUAAUCAUACUAAAAGAAUUCAUAAAGCAAAGUCCUCUUUGCUUUGUUAUUAUCAUCCUAAUCCUGCCCUUGCUUUCCCUUCUCUUUCUACACAAUCCACAUCAAUUAUUCCGUCAAUCCAUUUGUCUACUUCAGGCUGUGGCAGCUCAUGGUUGCAAGAUACCUCCAUGAAUCGCGAUGCUAGUAUUCGUAGCAGAUUAAGGGAGGGUCCAAUAUAUUCAGCGUUUCCCACACAACCUGCACAAGUUUCCUCUGUGCAGGACCUUUAUGAUUUCAUAUGCUCUGGUCCUCUUUUGGACAAAGUGGGACUGACUGCUGAAAAGGUGGCAGAAUCCAUUGACAAGUGGUUGUUUUAUGGAUCGAAGCUUUGUCGGUUGUUUCAGCUCAAUGAACUUUACCUUACCAUUCCCGAGAAGGCAAGGUUUUAUCACUAUUACAUACCAGUCUUUCUAUGGUGUGAAGACCAGAUAUCAGAACACAGGUCCAAGUUCAAAGACGGGGAAGAGAUUCCUCCCUUAGUGGUAUGGAUAAUGUCUUUGAAUGGUUGUUGUGUGCAAUAUCCCUUUACUAUUUUCAGUACUGUUUUGGAUUCCAUUUUCAUUAGGAUUGGAAUAUAG